UUUUUCUCUUUUUGUUUUUGUUAAAGAACAUCAAACCCUAGUUCAAAUUACUCGAAGAAGAUUCGAAUUUGUAAUUUUUACAUAAUAAGCCGUAUCUUUAUGUGGAUAUAGAAGAAUAGAUGAAGCUUUUAGGUUUCGUAGCCGCCAUGGAUUUUGUAGCUUGGAGGGGAACCUUCUGCUCGAUUUUCAUCCUUCACUUCGUUUUUGUUUGUCAGAUUUUGCUACUCCAGCCUCUUGUCUCUGCCCCAGAUGGAAAGACAGGUGAGGCUUCUGAGCUCUUUGAAAGAGCUUCACAGAGCAUAAAGAUGAAACGCUACACUGAGGCACUUGAUGAUCUAAAUUCUGCUAUUGAGGCAGAUCCAAAAUUUUCGGAGGCAUAUUGGAAUCGUGGGACUAUUCUUCGUCAACUUUGCAGAUACGAAGAUGCAGAGAUGAACUACAAAAGAUAUUUGGAGAUGAGGCCAGGAAAUUCGGCUGCAGAAAAAGAACUUUCUCAGUUACUACAGGCUCGGGAUGCGUUGGAAACAGCUACUAAUCUGUUUGACUCUGGGGACUUCACGAAAUCCUUGGAUUAUGUUGAGAAAAUUGUUCUCGUAUUUUCCCCUUCAUGUGCAAGGGCAAACCUUCUGAAGAUUAGAUUAUUACUCGCAUCUAAAGAUUUCUCAAGAGUCAUCUCUGAAGCUGGAUUCCUUCUCAAGGAGGAUGAGAAUAAUCUGGAUGCUUUACUUCUACGUGGUAGAGCCUAUUAUUAUUUAGCUGAUCAUGAUGUUGCAUCCAGGCAUUAUCAAAAAGGUCUUCGUUCAGACCCAGAGCAUAGUGAACUGAAGAAAGCUUAUUUUGGGUUAAAGAAUCUGCUGAAAAAGACUAAAAGUGCAGAAGAUAAUGUAGAUAAGGGCAAGCUGCGUCUUGCUGUGGAGGAUUAUAAAGCAGCUCUUGCCAUGGACCCAAAUCAUACUGCACAUAAUGUACACCUUCACCUUGGUUUAUGCAAGGUCCUAGUCAAACUAGGUAGAGGAAAGGAUGCCAUUAACAGUUGCACUGAAGUUCUUAGCAUUGAUGAAGAGCUUGUUGAUGCUUUAGUUCAGAGAGGUGAAGCAAAACUUUUAAUAGAAGACUGGGAGGGAGCUGUUGCAGAUCUAAAAUCUGCUGCUGAAAGAUCACCUCAGGACAUGAAUAUUCGUGAGCCAUUAAUGAGAGCGGAGAAAGCACUGAAAAUAAGUAAACGAAAAGAUUGGUACAAGAUCUUGGGAGUGUCAAAGACUUCAUCAAUGGCAGAGAUAAAACGAGCAUACAAGAAGCUGGCACUGCAAUGGCAUCCAGAUAAGAACGUAGACAAUAGAGAAGCAGCUGAAGAGAAAUUCCGAGAAAUUGCUGCUGCGUAUGAGAUUCUUGGAGACGAAGACAAACGUACUAGAUAUGACAGAGGAGAAGAUAGUGAAGAUAUGAGUGGCGGAGGUGGUGGUGGGUUCAACCCAUUUGGUGGUGGUGGACAGCAAUUCAACUUUCAUUUUGAAGGAGGCUUCCCUGGGGGAGGAGGAGGCGGAUUCCAUUUUGGAUGAAAUUGUGAUUGUUGGGAAUAGAAAUGACAGAAGAAGAAGAAGAAUCAUCCGAUAAUCAAAUUUUCCAUAUAUGAUCCAUCCAUAUUGAGGAGUUGGUAUAGUUUUUUAACCAUCAUUACUCGAAUAUACACAUACCUCAAUUCUCUUUUUCCACUGUCUAAUUUGAUCAGAUUUUGCUUGUGAAUUGAGUUAAUUUGAAUUUUCUAUUUUGAGACAGAAUUUGUAAAUUGAGUCAUUUUAAUAUGUGAUUAUAAGUAUUUUAUUGGUUA